ACUCAGCGGUAGAGAAGACUGAAGAGAAGGCGGUCCGCCUCCGACGAACAGUUUCCGCCUUGCCGGCGUACCACUUCCAUUCAACCCUUUUGAGCUUUUCCCUGUUCUCAAGACUACGGCGUACAGGUGAAUCGAAUCCAAACCUUGCGUCAAGACGUCUAACCCGUCGGAACUGCGAUGAUGGACAUGCACACAAGCUGUUCGACAAAAUUCCUCUUCAGGAUCGCCAAAUACUUUCCCCCUUCCAAUCGGUUCACUGGUAGAAAAAUUACGAAGCCCCCAUCUUCAAGGGCCAUGAUGACCGGAAAACCUCGAGGAAAUGGGUGGUGGCAGAGGGGAGAUUUCUGCCUUCUCUAUGGCUAUGGCAAUGGAUUGAGGCUUUCUGCGGUGUUGAACUGCUCCAAAUCUGCAAAAGCCACUGACGAAGAAUCAACUUGUGGGCUUGAGAAGCAUUUCUUGGUGGAUUUUCUCACAGCCUCCUCACUCAGCUUCUCCCAAGAUGAUGCCAUCUCCGUGGCUGCCAAGGUAACCACAUCUAAACCUCGAACAAAACCCGAUUUAGUCGUUGAUUAUCUGAAGACUAUAGGUUUGGAGCCUGCCCAUAUCAAGGCUGUUGUUUCCAAGCAUCCCAAAUUGCUAUUAUCUGACCCUGAGAAAACCAUUCGCCCGAAAAUCCAGUGCCUUCAAGAGCUCGGGCUGUCCGGGUCAGAUCUUGCCAAUUUCAUUGUUAGGGAUGCUUCGUUUCUCUUUAGGGGACUAGAUACCCAUUUAAGGCCCAGCAUUCGUUUCCUCAAACAAGUCGCGGGUGGCAAUGACAAUGCUGUGAAAGCCCUGAAGAGAUCGGGUCGGUUUCUUUCAUUCGGUAGACCAGACCGUAUGGAAGAGCACGUCCGGCUUUUGAGGGACUACGGCAUUCCAGAAGAUAAAAUCCAAUGGUUUGUAGUGGCAAGACCAAAUGUUUUAACCAAAACCCCCGAUUGGACCCGCAAGAUGCUAAACACAGUUGAAACUGAGAUUGGGUUGUCGCGAAACUCCCCAAUGUUUUACAGUGGAUUGUGCGUGGCAUCUCAGAUGACCAUGUCAACUGUGAACAGAAAGGUUGACAUGUUCAGAAGCCUGGGGUGGAGUAAGCCACAGAUUUCUACUCUGGUGCAAAAACAGCCUCAUUGCUUGAUGCUAUCCGAGGCCAAGUUGAGAACGAAACUGAACUUUUUAAUGAAGGAACUUGGGUAUGGGCCGCAUUACUUGGCGGAUCGCCCCAUGUUGAUAAUGUCUAGUUUGGAGAAGAAGACCAUCCCCAGGAGUCGAGUGCUGAAAACUCUUGAAGAACGUAAGCUGAGCGUUUGUUCACUCUUCACUUCCUUGUUUUUCACUGAAUCCAGGUUUUCGGCGCGGUUUCUGCUGCCUUACAAGGAUGAGCUGCCUGAUAUGUAUGACAGAUACAUGGCUAGUAUAGCUCCCUGAUGCAAUGUAAGAUGCUUCUUUCUAUGGCUUUGAUGUUAGUAACCGCAUUUGUAAUUAGCGUUAGAGUUCUGGGAAUGGGUUAGAAGGUACUCUUGGACAUACAUAGGCCGGGCUACUUGGACGAAAAACAAGGUCUGAAGUUUGUGCUUUGAAAACAAGGAAAAACCCAUUAAAUAAAUGGGUAGGACUUUGGAUAAGCCCGAGCUUCAAGUGUUUUAAUGAUCUACAAAGCACAAUAUGCUAUGGCUCCGUUUGGAAAAUGGCAUUUCAGCGCAAGAUUGGCUUUGACUAUAUU